AUGCCUUAUAAACUAAAAAAUAUCGUUACUUCCAUCCUAUCAGUACUAUUAAUUCAAAGCAACGCUACGUACCAACAAUUAAGUGAUACAUCAAUCAUCAAUGAAAUUCAGCCGAACGAUUUUACUAUUAAAACAGUAACAAGUGUACCAUUAUUACGUCUAGUUGACUAUCUAUCAAAUCAAACACAAACCAAAGAAAUGAAAGUCAAAAACUUCUCAAUAUCAUCAGAUUCCUUAUACACUCAUAUAUAUUUUGCUUGGAAAGAAGCUAAUCAAUAUAUGUCUCCUAUUGCAUUGAGAAAUAACGGUAAAAUUGAUGAAAUUGUUGGUGCUAAUCUUGUUCUACCUGUUAAUAUUUUAAAAGAUAUGUAUGCACCUGGAUUAAUAGCAGAUAUAUUAGAUUUUGCAAUUAAUUGUUAUACAUGGGCUAAACCAAUAGGCAAUCAAAAAUCUUACUCUAAUCCAACAGGAUACAUUUCUAUUUUAAGAGGAGCUGACAAUGCAAAAAUUAAUCAAGAAUUAAUUAAAGAAACUACAAAAUAUUUUUUAAUUUCUUCUCAAACUGAUGCAUAUCAUUUUGUUUGGGAAAAUUCUUCACCAGAACAAGCAAAAUUCAUGGCAUCUUUAAAGUAUACUCAAAUUAUAUGCGGUGAUAAACAAACUAAAACAAACCCAUGUAAUUGGGAAAAACUUGGUAUGGAUAAAUCAUUUGCUAAACAACAAUGUCUUUAUAGAACAAUUAACAGUGAUUAA